AUGGGCAUGAGGGAAUCGCCGCAGCCACCCAUAGACUUUGACAUAGAACCAUCUUCUUCGCAAGCGAGGUCACCGAGCUCAUCGCCGCCCUCGGCCGAGUGGGUCGCCGCUGCCGCCGAGCGCGCCACGUUUGCCAACGCUAUCCUGCCCAUCCUCCGCAACGAGAAGGCCCGGAGCCAGCGCGCCACCCGGCUGGACUGGUUCCGCUCGACCUCACCCCGAGCGGACACCCGCACAGCCUCGCUCCGGUUCAGCCAGACCAUGACCGAUGCCGCCCGGCAGUUUCGGGCCGUCGACGCUCGCGUCCGCCACGAGUUUAAUGAGCUCAGUCUUGGCCUUGCGAAUUCCACCGCGCAUGUCCAGGAGACCCACGCUGCUCUACCCACACUCAAAGAGGAUAUUGCAAACUUGGACAGCGAGACAUCUGGGAUAUGGCUCACAGUGGACGAUCUCCUUGGAGUUCCACAGCCCAUACUCGAACGCUUGAAAGUGGAUGGCGAGUUACGCUGGGCUGAUCGGCGACAGCCUAAUAUCAACGCCGUGAUGAAGAGCGCCGACAGCACGGAGACGCGCCGCAAGAAUGAUGUGCUCCUCAAAGAGAUUGUGCUGCUUUGCCAUCUACUGGCCCUUCUUCUGGGCCCCAAGAGCUGGGCAGAAUAUCGCGAGCCGUACCAGCGCGUCUCCACGGCCAAGGCGCUGCAGUUCGUGCAUACCAUGAAGGACAAUUUAAGCUACUUCUCCGGGAUGAGCUGUCCUACAAGGAGCUCGCUGUCUAGGCUGGCUUUAACGUCGGGACGGCCAAGUUCGCCGAAUCCUUUCCCUUUGCAGGCUGUCUCUCCCGACUCCUCUACCUGUUUGAAGCUCUCUUCUUCCUCAAAUUCGCCACAGUCCAACGUCUACGCCUUGAUCGUCCUGAACGACGACGCACAGGACGCCCGCUUCGACUUGGUCGGGUACCUGUACCUCGACUCUUUUCCGCGCGACCACAGUACGGCCACAAGAGUCACAUUGACAUCCGCAGCACGUUUAUCACGCCCGAAGGCACGCACAACGCAGCUCGGAUCCAACAGCAGCUCCCUCAACAACCUUGUUGCUGGAUAUCUGGAUCGCAAGCCCAGUAGUGUAGUGUGCCAUAUCUGUAAUGAUCAAAUGCUCCAUGAGGCUAUCAAGACUGAAAGGACUCAUGUGCUUGCGGAAAGCCCCCUCUCCGAGAAGCUACGUAGUGAAGAGAGAUGCGAGAAUGCUCUUUUGGAACCGCGCUUUAUCCUGUUCCCAACCAACCUCUGA